AUGGCGCCGUCGCCGGUCUCUUCUCCGGCAUGCCCUCGUCGCCGCCGCGCUCUUUCUCUUACUCUGUAUCCGCCGCCGCCCUCGCACGCGGCGGCUCCAACACGACUAAAGAAGGAAACCGCUGAGAAGCGCACCCUAAAAACUCGGUACGGAUACGCUAUGCAUGCAUAUGUGAGUAAUGACUAUGGCUACCUCACCGCCGUGCAGGCCAAGCUCGCCGCGGCUCGGUUCGGGUGCAGUCCGCUGCACGAUGAUGACGACGGUGACCACGACGCAGACGCAGACACAGACGGGUCCGGCAACAUGUGCCAGCGACGCUCGUCCUCCGUCCUUAACUACCCUUCGUCCUCCUCGCGGCCCACGAUACCCAACCUCGGCCUCGGCACGAACGUGCGGUACGGCACCGUCAGCUAUUUGACCCUCAACCAGCACCUCCCCAGCACGGGCCCGACAACCCCCUCCGUCGAGGGCGGCUACACGGACCGGUAUGCGGACCCAUUCGCAACGCCGGCCGGCACGCCUGCGGACGACCAGGCGCUCAUGGCCACACCUCCGCCGCCACCGGGGGCGAUGCCGCCCGCGCUGGUCGGGCUCGCGCUCGAUGGUUCGGAGAAUGACGGACGGCAGGGACACCUAUACACUAUUGCGGCACGAAUCUUUAUUUGUUUAUCCCAUACAAGCGGGGUGACGAAUAUGACAUGGUGA